GGGACAUAGACUAGAUUAAAGCAUGCUCAAUGCAUGAUUGCUUUGGUGCACACUGAUUGGCUAAUUCUUAUCCAAUCAGCACUAGUCGAUAGUUGGAGAAUAUUCUGGAAUCUUCUUAUGUAAAAACUAUAAAUAUACUGACGUUUUUCCCUAUUGUGCUUCUGAUUUGCUUCUUGCUUCCAUCUAACCUUGUUAUUUGGAAUAUAAUCUCCUUCCUGUUCAACCGUGUACUGAUUUGGGGUCUUGUCGAGUGAAUCGGUGUCCAAGAAUACUAAGCAAUAGGAAUAGCUGGGUCAAAACCGUAAGAAGAGAGAGUUAUAACACACUGGAAUGCAGUUUCAUCCGAUUAAUGUGUCUGAAAUAAGAUGAAACACGCAGUCUGAAUUCCAAUAUUAUUACAAAAGAAAUUCUGCCACAAUCAUGUCUUCCGAAACAUUCUCGUUCAUCAGUUAAUUUACAACAAUUAAAUUCAUCAUUAUGUAUCAUGAAUGAUGAUAAUUCUGCACAAAUUAAAUCAUCAUCGUCUUUAAAUCAAACUGCCACUGUUCGUGGUGAGAAUAAUCAUAGGAAUGAUGUUGAUCGCAACUUAUCAUCAUACUCUACAAAUAAUAUAACUUCUGAUUUAAUGCUUGGAUCCUUAGAAGGAGUACCAGUACUUACAACGAUAACACUCACUAAAACAAAAUCAAUAAAUGAAGCAAGGAACAAUCCAACUCAUACUAUGGAAUCUUGUAGUUCCACAACAGAAUCGUCAAGUCCACUUGAUAGUGGUCUUUAUAUGACAGCUAAUCGUUGUAUACAUAGUAGUUGCGAUGGUGUUGGUGUUGUUGAUCAUGGUGAUGACGAUGAUGAUAAUGAUAAUCAUGGUGUUAAAUUGCAAUCACCAGAGAAUUCAUUUCAUUUACCACAUUGUCCACAUUAUCACACUACUUCAUCAGUUAUGUAUCGAACUUUAACAUUACGUAAUUAUCUAGUCCCUAGAAUAAUUCCUGAAUGGGAUUUUGUGGAUGGUCUUUUGAGAAUAGCUCGUCGAUUAGUACCAAUUAGUCCCAAAGAGCAAAGAACUGCUUAUUUACAGGCAGAAUUAGCAAAUUUAAAUCUUCAUUUACCUGCACGUGUAUGGUUACCAGUAAAUAAAGCUGGUCAUAUUGUGCUACGUAUUCCACCAACUGCUGCGGUAUGUUUAAAUUCUAAGGAUAAAGCACCAUUUUUAAUCUAUGUGGAAAUAUUGUGCUGUGAUGAUCCAUCAAUUAUUUCUUUACCAAGUCGACCGAUAACAGCAGCCAGUUCAAAAAGUUCCAAUUCAUUAUCUGCUGUUUAUCCAUGGAAUCCUAAUUCACAUACAGGUUGUUUUUCAUCUAAUGAAAUAACAGAAAAUCAUGAAAUCAAUGUAAAUACACGUACAUCAGAUGAAUUAAGUCUUCGUUCCUCUUCUAUAUCAUCUAAUGUUUCUUUAAGUGAAGAAUUAAUAAAUCCUAUAGAAUUUAAUCAUCAUCAACAUCAACAUCCUCAUUAUCAUUUAACUAUAGAUGAAAUGGAUGAAAGAAAAGAGCAUACAACUAAAUGUACCCAUGAUCAAUUUGAACUUAAUGAAACUAUAAUGAAAGAUGAUUCUUUCACAGCUACUGAUUCAAUAACAGUAACUAAUGCUAAUCGAUCUAAAUCUCCAAUUUAUAUUGGAGCUGGUGAAAUACGUAAUCGACUUAAAGAACAAUGUGAACUUCAACCGCAUAAAUCGUUUAGGUGUGAUCCAGAAGAUCCAAGUGCAGCAGUGCUAAAAGAACCAUGGCAUGUGAAAUGUGAACGUAUACGUGCUACAUCACCAUGGGGUAGUUUACCAGGAUGGAUUCUAACCAGUGCAAUUGUAAAAGUUGGUGAUGAUUUAAGACAAGAACAAUUAGCUUAUCAAUUACUUACUGUGUUAAAAAAUAUUUGGUCAAUGGAGUAUGUUCCAUUAUGGUUACGUCCAUUAACUGUAGUUGUUAUAUCAUCUGAUAGUGGUUUUAUUGAACCUGUCCCUGAUACUGUAUCAUUUCAUCAAAUCAAACGACAUGCUCAUUUAUCAUUAUUAGAUUAUAUGCAUCGUGAACAUGGUGGAGAUAACUCUGAGGAAUUUUUAACUGCUCAACGUAAUUUUCUACAUAGUUGUGCCGCUUAUUGUUUAGUCGGUUAUUUGUUUCAAGUUAAAGAUCGGUAAGCCAUUAGUUUUGUUUUUUGAUAAGUCUAUUGCAUAAUCAUUUGUUUCGUAUUCACUUAAGAAUAUCAGUCGAAUUACUUAUUUCACACAUAAACACUUAACAAGAGGCUGGGAUACUGCCCGAUCGCCCGAACCGAAACGUGAUUUUCUCAGAGGGUUACUUUCCUGAACCUUUAUCUUAGAAGUACAAUCCACAAAGUAGUAGAGCAACAUUAGGAGAUGUAGUCCCAUGAUAACCAGUGACCAACAAUAGGUUCAUACACCAUUUGUUCUUUUAGGCUACUGGAGCCCAUGUACACCAUUGGUUUGUAAUCAGGGUAUUUCAACUACCCUAGGUAGAUCUUCCAUGUCGACCAACCCGAUUAAAGUGCUAGACAUUCUCCUUCUACCUUCCUAAUUUCGUAAACAAAAUCCCAACUGCGAUAAGGCAGUGGACAGGACUUCUCUAGAAGUAACUUUAUACGCGUGGCCAUGUGAAAACACUUCGAGAGGGAGAAUGAUAAAUAUUUCCGUAGUUUUUUUGUUCUAAAUCUCAAUCAUAAUCAAUACACGUUGGUUCAACCACAUCACCACGACGAGAUGAAUAUAAUAAGAACUGUUGUAAAAGAGAUUGGAAUAGUAUAGUAAUAGUAAUAAUAAUGAUAAGGAAGACUGAACAUUGAGAAUCGAAUACGAAAAGACGGAAUAUAAAGUUAUAUUUGAAAGAAUAUUGUAAAUCAAAACUGAGAAAAUUAUAGAAAAUGAAUGUAUCUGUGCCAUGUUCACAGAUUCUAAACUAUGCCACACAAAGUCUUCGACUACUAAUCAUGAGGAUCUUAACCAGGUAAUUUGUAUCUAUCGACAUGACAAUCAACGAGUGCAUAAUCUGAUGCCAUGUCUUGGUUUAGACAUGUAUACUCAUUCACCAUGUACUUGGGUAUAUGAAGGAUAAUGAUACAACUCCGUUGCUUUAAGCAAACUAGAUGGAACGAAAUGCGAACCCAAGAUAUAAUUACUGGAAGUUGAACGGCUUAACUACUAAGCUAUUGCUCUAUAUAUAUGUCUUGGUUUGACCAUUCUUAGCUUUCCCCCAACCUAUUCUUAACUCGACAAAAACAUAUCACUUCUAAGUAAACAAUUCAUUGUGCAAUAAUAUGUGUUCACACAAUCAUCCUAUAUCCACUAGAAUGUAACUAAUGUAAUUUUAAACAGAGAUUGAUAGUGGCUAGCAUUAGGAUCCAAGAUAAGCAUUUUGUCUUAUUUAAAACUCGUCAGUCGGAUCUUUUAUUUUAACACAUAGAUAUUGGCGCAAAGAGGCACCAAAUAGAUAUGCGCCACGCAAAUCUCAUUCGAUAUCUGUGAGGGCUGUGAUACUGCCCAGGUGCCCAAACCGAAGCAGGGGGUUUUUUUAGGGGGCCACAUCAAGAGCCUUCGACCUGAAGGUCUGAUCCACAAGGCAGUGGAGCAUCGUAAGGAGAUACAGUCCCAUGGUAGCCGGUGACCAACGAUUGGUUCAUACGCCAUUUAUUCCUUCAGGAUACACCAUUGGUUUGGAAUCCGGUUAAAGCGCCGGACAUUCGCUUUUCGUCCUCCCAUUUUCGUAAACAACACUCAUGGUGUGAGAAGGCAGUGAGUAGAAGUUCCCUGGCAGAGGUUAUAUACGCGUGAUCGUGUGAGAGCAUUUCGAGAGAGCGAACUCUCCCCACUCUCGGCCGUACCAGGGCAUUUGGGGGGCUACUUGUAUCCGAAAGUGUAUGUUCACUCUAAGACUCAAACCAAUUACUUUUCGCUUUAAAUCCCAUUGCAUUAUUCAUUUAGCUAUUGAAUCCAGAUAACCAGCUCUAGAUUGUAUAAUGUAAGUUUUCGUCACUUAUUUAUUACUGUGAUUUAUGUUAUAUCUUCUUGUUUACCAUCGUUUCUUUUUUCUCUUGCUUCAUUUUAUCUAGACAUAAUGGUAAUAUACUAUUAGAUAAUCAAGGUCAUGUAAUACAUAUUGAUUAUGGUUUCAUUUUAUCAUCAUCACCGGGGAAAAAUUUAGGCUUUGAAACAAGUCCAUUUAAAUUAACAUUAGAACAAAUUGAUGUUAUAGGUGGUUUAAAUAGUGAUUUAUUUGAAUAUUUUAAAUUUCUUCUAUUACGUGGUUUAUUAGCUGCACGUAAACAUAUGGAACAGGUUAGUUCAUUGAAUAAUUCAUUUUUGUAUUGUUUACUUGAAUCUUCCCAUUCAUGUUUAGGACUGAAAUUGAUCAGUCUAUCUCUUAUUGACAUAUGUACAUACUGUGUGUAUUUGUCUCGAUAUUGCUUGAAUUCACAAGCAUAGUGGCUAACAGUAGAAUACAGUUUGACGCGCGUUUCUUCCUAUUUGCGACUUCUCAGCUGGAUGUACCUACAUCUCAGAGAGUUGAUGUUCACUUCGAGACUCGAACCCAGUACCAUUUGAUUCAAACACUAUCACGUUAUCCACUUAGCUACUGAGUCUCAAUAGCCAAUUGCUUGUGCAAUGGGUUGAAGUUAUAUACACUUGGUGUUGUUUGAUUGUAUCUUCCCAUUGAUGUUUAGGACUGAAAUUGAUCAGUCUUUUGUUGGCAUAUGUGCAUACUGUGCGUAUCGCCUCGAUAUUACCUUAAGUCACAAGUAUUAUAAGCAAAGAUGGAUAGUCAGUUCUUUACCUUCCUUCAUUCUUUUUGGUUUAUCUCAAUAUAUUUUCGUUUGUUGUCCAAUUCAGCUAUGAUAUUAUACAUUUCUUAUGGUAUACAAAAUUUAAUUAUGUAUAUAAGAAGAUUGAAACGUAAAAAGAAGUUUAAUUGGUGAAUAAGAUAAGUAAAUAAUGGUACUCGGACUUGUAGAACCCCAUAGUUACAAAUCGGAAGGAAAACGCAUGGGGAGGUGAUUAUUGAGUGUUGGUUAUAAUUCAGGCAACUUUUACUGUUGUUCAAUCGUAGCAUGCCACGUUGAUAUUUUAGGAAGCUCUAUCAGGUCCUGAUUAGAUAGAAUCUCCCUGAGUCUUUUAGAGCCUCUGGAGGUUUCAUCAUGUUUUUCAAAGCCAUCUCAACAGAUAUGUUCAUGUAGAUUGAAAUCCCUAACAAUGUGUCUUGUUUAGAAUUUCUUACUUAGCAUUUUAGCACAGACACGUGAUAUGUAUAUACAUUAGUUUGGUCUAUCGAUUCCCCUGAUUGGAUGACAGUGAGUUCCAGGUUCGAACUCUCCUCCCUUCAUUCAUCAUCUCAGUUCCAACAGUUGGGUAGUAUAAUUAUGUUUUACACGUAAGCAUGCAUGUUUACUUAACAACGUUACGUCAAAGUUUGAGCACAUCACUCGUUUGAAUACCUAAAUACACUUACUUACUUACGCCUGUUACUCCUAAUGGAGCAUAGGCGGCCGACCAGUAUUCUUCAACCCACUCUGUCCUGGGCCUUCUUUUCUAAUUCCAUCCAGUUCUUGUUCAUUUUCUCAUGUCUAUCUCCAUUUCCCGGCGUAAUGUGUUCUUUGAUCCUCCUCUCCUCCUUGAGGAUUCCAUGUGAGGGCUUGUCUUGUGACUCAGUUGAGUGUGUCCUAUCCACUUCCAGCGCUUCUUCCUAAUCUCUUCCUCCACUGGGAUCUGGUUUGUUCUCUCCCACAGUUCGCUGUUGCUAAUAGUGUCCGGCCAAUGGAUCUGAAGUAUUUUGCGUAGACAACUCUUAAUAAACACCUGUAUUUUCUGGAUGAUGGCUUUCGUAGUUCUCCAAGUUUCCACCCCAUACAGUAGAACUGUCUUGACAUUUGUAUUGAAAAUUCUGACCUUGGUGUUGGUUGACAGUUGUUUUGAGCUCCGGAUGUUCUUCAGUUGUAAAUAUACUGCUUUCACAGGUUGAAAUCAUGAGUCAGUUGAAGCUAGACCACCAUUGAAAACCUGGAAGCACUGGACGGCCGUUUCGUCCUGGUAUGGGACUCCUCAGCAGUGCGCAUCCACGAUCCCGCACCACGCGGGGCUCGAACCCAGGACCUACUGGCUUCGCGCGCGAGCACUUAACCACUAGACCACUGAGCCGGCAUCCAGGUUUUCAAUGGUGGUCUAGCUUCAACUGACUCGUGAUUUCAACCUGUGAAAUUUCUAAAACUCUCCACAAAACCCAUUCUGAAAAUAUACUGCUCUUGCUUUACCGAUCCGCGCUUUCACAUCUGCAUCAGAUCCACUAUGUUCAUCAAUGAUGCUGCCCAAAUAUGUAAAGGUUUUUACAUUUUCCAAAGUUUCUCCGUCAAUUGUGAUUGGAUUGGUUCAUGCUGUGUUGUAUCGGAGAAUCUUGCUUUUCCCUUUGUGUAUAUUGAGAUUUACUGCUGCUGCACUGGUCUUCUUCUCCUGCAUUUGUUUUUGCGAUAGGAGGGCCAUAUCAUCUGCGAAGUCUAAAUCGUCCAACUUCAUCCUAGAUGUCCACUGAUUUCUUCAAUUGUUGGUGGGCCAACAUCGAUUGGGAGGUCCGUGGGUGCUGCUUCGAUGUUGGGUGGGUUCAGUGGAGCUGGUCGAUUCAAGAGUUCUUUGAAGUGUUCUACCCACCUGUUUCGUUGCUCUUCAAUGUUGGUGAUUACCUCGCCUUCCUUGCUUUUCACUGGUCGUUCUGGUUUGCGGCGAUUUCCAGAGAGUUUCUUUGUCGUGUCAUACAAUUGUUUCAUGUUUCCUUCUCUUUCAGCCUUUUCCGCCGUCGUCGCUAGAUCUUCCACAUAUUUACGUUUGUCGGUUCUGAUGCUCCUCUUCACUUGUUUGUUUACUUCUGUGUAUUCAGCUUGUGCCUUGGCUUUUUCUGCUCUUGUUCGGCUGGUAUUGAUUGCUGCUUUCUUGUUCCUCCUUUCUUGAAUCUUAUCCAGUGUAUCAACAGUGAUCCAUUCUUGUGAUGGUGCUUCUUGUGACCCAGGACCUCAUGAUAUGUUGAAGUGAUUGCUUCUUUGAUCCCCUUCCAGUCGCUCUCCAUAGUAGUUCCUUCUACAUUGAGUAGAUCAUGAAUGUCCUGGAACUUAUUGCUGAGGACUAUCUUGGAUUUGUUGAGUUUGUUAGUAUCCUGAAGAAAGGCCGUAUUGAACUUCUGCGAUGUUGUCCGCCCCGUUGUCCAGUGCUUCUUGAGUUUCAAUUUCAUCUUGGCGAUCAGCCUGUAG